AAUUUGAAUUAAAAAUAAUGUAAUCAAGAGUCUCAAGAUGCCGGAAAAUAAAGAAAUAAUUACGAUUUUCGAGAAUUCUAGAAAUUAUACAAAUUUAACCAGUGAAAGCACUUAUUCGUUGGCCGGUGCACUACUUCUUUCUGGAAAAUAUAUGAAUGAUUGGUGGGAAAUCACAUUAAGCAUAUUUCUUUGGAUGUCACUUUCUUUUAUGGUAAUUAGUCUCGGAGCCACAAUUCUUUCCCUUUUCACUCUUCGAAAACAUCCAUACGUUUGCUUUAUUCCAAUUCCAUUUAUCAUAAUGAUGUUCAUCAUUCCUUUCGUUUUUGGUGCUCCUACGUCAAUGGUUCUCGCACUGGCAAUGUACGCUUCGAAAAAUGCUGUGAGCACUUGGUAUUGUGCAAUAAUGGGUAUCAUUCAAACUCUUCUGAUUUUCGUGACUUCUGUAACCCGAAUCCACGCGACGCUGUAACUUAUUGUGAUUAUGUAGAAACGAUUGCUUUAAUAAAUUUUU